AUGAAGAGAGAACUAAAUGAAUGGGAGAAGCGAAAACUAGAGGAAAAAACAAGAAGAGAAGAAGAGGAUAAGAAGAGAAGAGAGAAAGAACAGAGAGUUUAUGAUGAAUUUAACCAGAGACUGAAACAAGAGAGAGAGAGAAUGGAAAGAGAGAAAGAAGAUCUUCAAUAUAAACAUGAAGCAAAAGAAAACAAGAUGAAGAUCCUGAUGGAGGAGAGAGUGAAGAAAAUGAACAGAGAAAGAGAAGAACUGAUGAAGAAACAUGAAGAAGACAAAGAGAGAAUAAAGAUGAUGAUGAUGGAGAAAGUGGAGCAACUGGACAGAGAAAGAGAAGAACUGAUAAAGAAACUCGAAGAAGAGAAAGAGAGAUUGAAGAUGAUGAUGGAGGAAGAACGACAGAAUAAUGACAAAGAGAGAAAGAGAAGAGAAGAAGAGUUUAAUGAGAGAGAAGAACAAUAUAAAAGAGAAAUGAAAGAGAAAGAAGAGAGUGAGGAGAAGAUCCAUGAGGAGAUGAAGAGAGAAAGAGAAGAAUGGGAGAAACAGAAACUAGAGGAAAAGACAAGAAGAGAAGAAGAGGAUGAGAAAAGAAGAGAGAAAGAACAGAGAAUGAAGAUCCUGGUGGAGAAACUGAACAGAGAAAGAGAAGAACUGAUGAAGAAACAUGAAGAAGAGAAAGAGAGAUUGAAGAUGUUGAUGGAGGAAGAACGACAGAAUAAUGACAAAGAGAGAAAGAGAAGAGAAGAAAAGUUUAAUGAGAGAGAAGAACAAUAUAAAAGAGAAAUGAAAAAGAAAAAAGAGAGUGAGGAGAAGAUCCAUGAGGAGAUGAAGAGAGAAAGAGAAGAAUGGGAGAAACAGAAACUAGAGGAAAAGGCAAAACGAGAAGAAGAGGAUGAGAAAAGAAGAGAGAAAGAACAGAGAGUUUUGCAUGCAUUUAAACAGAGACUAAAACAAGAAAGAGCGAGAAUGGAAAGAGAGAAAAAAGAUCUUCAAUCUAAACAUGAAGAAGAAGAAGAAGAAAAGAUGAAGAUCCUGAUGGAGAAACUGAACAGAGAAAGAGAAGAAAUGAUGAAGAAACAUGAAGAAGACAAAGAGAGAAUAAAGAUGAUGAUGAUGGAGAAAGUGGAGCAACUGGACAGAGAAAGAGAAGAACUGAUGAAGAAACUAGAAGAAGAGAAAGAGAGAAUGAAGAUGAUGAUGGAGGAAGAACAACAGAAUAAUAACAAAAAGAGAAAGAGAAGAGAAGUGUUUAAUGAGAAAGAACAACAACAUAAAAUGGUAAUGAAUGAGAAAGAAGAACUGAUGAAGAAACAUGAAGAAGAGAAAGAGAGAAUAAAGAUGAUGAUGAUGGAGAAAGUGGAGCAACUGGACAGAGAAAGAGAAGAACUGAUGAAGAAACUAGAAGAAGAGAAAGAGAGAAUGAAGAUGAUGAUGGAGGAAGAACAACAGAAUAAUAACAAAAAGAGAAAGAGAAGAGAAGUGUUUAAUGAGAAAGAACAACAUAAAAUGGUAAUGAAUGAGAAAGAAGAACUGAUGAAGAAACAUGAAGAAGAGAAAGAGAAAAUAAGGAUGAUGAUGGAGGAAGAACAACAGAAUAAUAACAAAAAGAGAAAGAGAACAGAAGAAGAGUUUAACAAGAGAGAAGAACAAUACAAAACACUACUGAAUGAUAAAAAGAAGAAAGAGAGAGAGAUGUGUGAGGAGAUGAAGAGAGAACGAGAGGAAUGGGAGAAACAGAAACAGCAAAGUCCAACAAACUUGUCAAAAGGACUGCAUGAUAUUUCUGCUGCCAGUCUCUUAUCCAGACGGAUUGUUCUUCUGGGUAGAAGUAGGUGUUGGGAAGAGUGCAGCUGGAAACACAAUACUGGGACGAAAUGAGUUUGAAUCACAUGCCAAUAAAUGUUCAUAUGCUCAUGCCACUGUUUCAGGCAGAUCUGUGUCUGUAGUUGAUACUCCUGGACUAUUUGACUCACUGAUGAAUCCUGAUGAGUUAAUGGAGGAGAUAGCAACAAGUGUUCAUCUAUCCAGUCCUGGACCGCACGCUUUUCUCAUUGUGUUUCCUGU